UUGCAGAAUGGUGAUUAAUACAGAUAUGCGUGAGGCCAAACAAUGUCCCGCCGAUAAUGUGUGCUAUUUGUCGUCAUUGUCCAAGAGCAGUUUUCGAAGUCAUAAAGGUCGUCUGUCGCAUAUUGUUGUAAUUGAAGUGAACAAGGGAAAUUUGAAUAUUACAUGGCCCUAUCUUUUGCUUUCAAUCCGGAAUGCGUCAUUUAUAUCGCUCGAUUUGGAACUCAGUGGUUUGGGAAGGCAAAAAGGAUGGCUAGCGAACUCGUUGCAAGAGCGAUAUGAUGUUAUUCGACAAAGCGCGCAGACCCGUUCAGUGCUUUCCGUUGGAAUUACGACGUUUCAGUUAGUAAGUAGGAAAGAAACAGAUGCAAAGAAAAAGCUCAAAUACAAAUGUCAGGUUUUCAAUAUACUUACAUUAUGCACCGUACCAUUUAUCGUUGAAGCAGAUGGGUUCCAAUUUUUGUCGAAACAUAAGUUCGACUUUAAUCGAUGGAUCAGUUUAGGCAUCCCGUAUGACUAUGAUACUGAAAAAGGAAGCACAAUGAAGACAUUAUGGCAUGAAGUAUUAUGUGCCGCUGUUCCGAUUACAUUACAUAAUGGACUUAUCGAUUUAACAUUUAUUUAUCAACACUUUUACAGUGUUCUACCAGAGACAUUCAGUGAAUUCGUCGUCAGUGUUUCUGAUUGGUUUCUAUUGCCGGAAGGCAUUCCUGGUCUCUUUGACUCAAAAUACAUCGCGGAGUAUAUCACCCGAUUUAAAGCAUCCUUUCUAGAAUAUGUUUUCAGGAAAUGUCAACGUGAAAACGCAACUGAACAAACACGUCAUCGAUUGUAUGUAAGCAUUGAGUUCGAUUUCACACCUACAGAAACGGACUUGAAAAAUACUAUUGAUAUAGUCGAUUGUAAAUUGCCGAAUGAUUUUGAUGCGGGUACUUCGGUAGAGUCCUGUCACAUUAGUGACGAACAAAAGAAUUCACUUUGCAAACGAUAUUCGAACUAUGGGUUCUGUCGCACCGAAGACUGUUCAUAUGUCCAUGACGUUGACAUCCUACUGAACUUAGAGGAGCAAAAGCAAGCAAGGGUUCGUGGAAGACGGAAAAGAAGAUACGAUUAUGAGUCGAAAUUGUCUGAGUCGGGAUCAAUUGAUGAUCGGAAGGACAAAGUUUUAGUGUUAGCAAACAGAGAAGGAACUGCUAUGAAAGAUCAGAUUUCAGUGAACAUUUUGAAGCAGAGCGAAACAAAGAAAACGUCAGUUAAUCAGGCUCAGCCAACUGGUUUAUUGCAGUCAGUUACAGGUUGCCAUCGUGCUGGUGUCGACUCAUUUAUGACUGGGUUUGCAGUGGUAUUUAUGCAGCGUAUGAAUCUUUUACGAGUUGGGAAUUUUGAUCCGAAAUGCGGCAAUCGAAUGGCUUUACCAGGCAAGAUGACACCGCUGGUGUUUCAUAAAAGUGGUUAUACCAAAGCAGCAGAUGAUCAUGUAGCAAAAUGGAUCGAAAUUGAACGUGAACGAAACCGCAGAGUACAAUUACGAAUUUAG